AUGGAGCAGAAAGGAGUUCAGCUGUACAGAGAGACCUUUACUUGUUCAAUCUGCCUGGAUCUACUGAAGGACCCGGUGACUAUUCCCUGUGGACAUACUUACUGUAUGAACUGUAUUAAAUUACACUGGGAUGAAGAGGAUCAGAGGAAGAUCUACAGCUGCCCUCAGUGCAGAGAGGCCUUCAAACCGAGGCCUGUCCUGAAGAAAAACCCCAUGUUAGCAGCUUUAGUGGAGCAGCUGAAGACUGGACCCCAAGCUGCUCCUGCUGAUCACUGCUAUGCUGGACCUGGAGAUGUGACCUGUGAUGUCUGCACUGGGAGGAAGAGGAAAGCCUUCAAGUCCUGUCUGACUUGUCUGGCUUCGUAUUGUGAGAAUCACCUCCAGUCUCAUUAUGAUGCACCUCCACUAAAGAAACACACACUGGUGGAGCCCUUGGAGAAGCUCCAGGAGAACAUCUGUUCUCGCCAUGAUGAGGUGAUGAAGAUGUUCUGCCGUACUGAUCAUAAGUUUAUCUGUUAUCUCUGCUCUGUGGAGGAUCAUAAAGGCCACAACACAGUCUCAGUUGCAGCAGAAAGGACUGAGAGGGAGGUACACCUGCAGGCGUGUUUACAAAACAUCCGGAAUAGAGUGCCGGAAAAAACGCAAAAGGUGAAGCUGCUUCAACAGGGGUUCGAGGCCAUCAAUCUCAGUGUUGAUAUAGCAGUGGAGGACAGUGAGAAGGUCUCCAGUGAGCUGAUCCGUCUCCUCCAGAAAAGAAGCUCUGAUGUGAAGCAGCAGAUCAGAUCCCAGCAGGAAACUAACGUGAGACGAGUCAAAGAGCUUCAGGAGAAGCUGCAGCAGGAGAUCACUGAGCUGAAGAAUGAACAAGCUGAACUGAUGAAGCUCUUACACGCAGAGGGUCACAUCCAGUUUAUACACAACUACCCCUUACCGUCACAACUCAGUGAACCUACAAUCAUUAUCAAUACUGGUCCUCAGAGAUACUUUCAGGUGUUGACAGCAGCUGUGACAGAGCACAGAGGGAAACUCCAGGACAUCCUGAAGGACGGAUGGACAAACAUCUUACUGACUGAAGUAGAUGCUCUGCUGCCACCACUAGAGCCAAAGACCAGAGCUGAGUUCUUGAAAUAUUCACAUGACAUCACUCUGGAUCCAAACACAGCAAACGCACAUCUGUUAUUAUCUGCGGGGAACAGAAAAGCAGAAUGUACAAGUCAACCACAGCCGUAUCCUCAUCACCCAGACAGAUUCACUGGUUAUGAACAGGUACUGAGCAAAGAGAGUCUGACUGGACGUUGUUACUGGGAGGUGGAGUGGAGCGGGAGAUCAGUCACUGUGGCUGUCGCGUACGAGGAUAUAGUCAAAGAUAAAAGAAGUAGAUUUGCAUUGAGUGACAAAAGCUGGGUUUGUUGUUUUGGAGAGAACAUGCCUCCUACAUUUGUGUUCAACCAUAACCCAACUAAACUCUCAGGUCCUAGUUCCUCCAGAGUCGGAGUGUACCUGGAUCACAGAGCAGGUAUUCUGUCCUUCUACAGUGUCUCUGAAACCAUGACUCUCCUCCACAGAGUCCACACUGUGUUCACUCAGCCUCUCCAUGCUGGACUUUUCAUUUUUUAUGUAGGAGGCACAGCUGAGUUGUGUAAACUCACAUAG